AGGAAGGAAGGAAGGAUAAAAAAGAAGGAAGGAAAAGAAGGGAGGAAUGAAAGGAGGGAAGGAAAAGAAAGAAGGAACAAAGGAAGGAAAAAAGGAAGGAAAGUAGGUGCUCAGGUGAUGCUUCCCCAAAAUAAAAAAUGCCCAAAUAGACUGCUUCAGGAGGUAAUAAGUUUUCCCAUUUCCAUAAGUCUUCCAGCAAAGGUUAGAUGAGCAGGGUUCAGGUGGCAGGUGGUCCUCUUAGUACUGUAUAUAAAUAUAAAUAUAUAUAUAUAAAUGAGUACAAUAUGUAAAUGCAAAUGACCACUAAGGGAGGUGGUUACCUUUUGACUCAAAUCUUACAAUUCAACAUAGAGCAGAUAUUAUUGUACCCAUUUUACAUGUGGGGAAAAUGAGGCUUAGGUCACCUAGCUACUCAGGACUGGGUCUGGUGUUAGACCUAACUCCUCAUUCCUAGUUUAGAAAUAGAUAGUAAACAUGGAUUAUGUGCUUUCUAAAAAUAAUAUAGUUGUAUAUGGUAAACAAUUAAUUCCUGAUGCUGGGGACACUGAGGCUGGCAUGCCUCUUGAGUUUGGGAAUUCUGAUUCAUAUUACAGUAAGUUACAAGCCAAACAGUGACCACUCUAGUCCAGCACAAAUAGUAACAUUCUUAGGAGGGCUGAACCAUCAUGCUGCCAAAAGAGGGAUGAAAUAAUCCAAAUCAGAAAAAUGAAGCAGAUAAAGACUUCUCUGCCAGUCAGCAUCAGGACUGGCCCCUUUUGUAAGAGGCCACUGCCCUUCCAGGCUGGGUGAGACAGGGAGAACAAGGCUCAUAUAAAAAACUAAAACUGUAAGAGCUAAGUAGAUGGCUCAGGGGAUAGAGACUGGACAAGGGAGGUGUCCUGGGUGCAAAUGUGACUUCAGACACUUCUUAGCUCUGUAACCCAGAGCAAGUCAUUUCAUCCCCAUUGCCUGGCUCUUCUGCCUUGGAACCAACCAAUACACAGUAUUGAUUCUAAGGCAAAAGACAAGGUUUUUUAUAAAAUAUAUAAAUGUAAUAAAAUACACUUAACACUGAAAUGACUCAACACACUUCAAUCCUUUUAUUACAUUUUAGAGGCACUUCAGGCUCAUGCAGGGUUUCCCAGUCAUCAUUACUCAAGAUACAUUCGUUAUCGUGGCUCUUAGGAAGCAGCAUGGGAGGGGAUUGAAGAUGGAAUUCUGGUUGACAGUAACCCAUUUUUAUUGCACUGUUUAACUAAUGGUGUUACCAGCUGACAUUUGUGUAAUAUUGUUACCUUACAAAAGCUCCUCUGCAUCUCUCUUUUGACUAGGUCUCUGCUUGAGAUCAGAUGGUUCUGUUAAUGAGCUGUCUCCUUUGCCUGGAGUGGCGAACACUCAGUCAUCCUAAAAUAGCUUCACUAUUUUUAGAGCCGCCAAGCUUUUGUUCCAGUGUGGUGGCUGGGACACUUGUUUUUGUAUGGUAGGGGGUCUACCCUGCUGUGUUAGGAAAACAGAGGGAGCUCUAAAAUCAGGAGGGGAGGAGCUUCCAUUUAUUCUUGAAUCGAGGGAAGAUAUCUAUUGCUAAGAAUGAAACUGUUUCAUUGGCCACACUAUAAGUAGACUUUUGUGUCAUCCUAAAGAGCAAUGAAGUAAAACAUGAAUGGACUGGAACAUAAUUAAUGGAACUUUUCAUUAACUCAAAUCACCCCAUCAAGGACAAUAAUAAUAAUACCAGUUAAGAAACAUGUGUUAGUUAUCUGCUAUGUGCUAUGGGAACAAAGACAAAUGGAAGAGUUCCCAUUUGAGGAGUUUAUGCCUUUGGGGGGAAAAUAUGCAUGUAAAUAAACAUAUAUAAAAUAAUCUUAUAUAGAUAAAUUUAAGCUGGGUAGAUCAGAAGGAUAAGUUACAUUCUUAGAAAUUUAGUCUAACCCUCCUCUUUUUAUAUAUGAGGAACUGAGGCCAAGAAAAGUUAAGAGACUUGAUUAAAAUCAAAUUAUUCAAGCUUGUAUUUGAACCUAGAUCCCCUGAUUACAAAUUCAGCACUUUUCCUACUAGAAGGCACUGUCCUUUGGACUGUCCUUAUUAAAGUGUGAAAUUCAGUUUAGAAUGUUGCUUUUUUUUUUUUAAAUAAGACAGAGUGAGAAGAAAUUUCUCCUUAAGUUUUAGUUAUCUGUGGAAUUUCCCUUUCCUUUUAAAUAAUUAUGACUUUACUGAUGUGGAAGCAUACAUAACUUUAAACCUCAUUAGGCUACAUUUUGAAAAUAAUAAUAAAACUCCAUCCUUUCCUUAACUUUUACUUCAGAAAUAAGCCAUCUUAUACUUUCAUCUUUUCUUGCCAUUCUUAUUAAAGGUCUAACCAGUUUCUAAAGAAAGAAACCUAUUAGAUCUAGGAAGUAAUUAGGAUAAUGAUUAGAUUAAGAGAAGAAUUAUGUCAUUGAUUAAUUAAAUUGAUAAAAAAUAUUUCUUGGGUUUAUCAUUGACCAGGUUAAAAGAAAAAUCCUUAGGGUAAGAUUAAAGGGAUUAAAGAGGAAUUAAAAUUUUGGUUUUUUAGGAAAGUGAUUCUCUAGGGUACCCUAGAAGUUGUGAUUAUUGUUUCGUUUGGAUCAAAACUGGUGCCUAGACUUUGUUCCAUUUUUUUAUUAUAUUCCUUUUCUUCUUGAACUCUACAGAAUUAUAUGCCAAAAAUGGCUUGAGUAGAGGAAUUUACAAAGCCAUGGGGAAACUGCACUCCUGGAUUUCCAUUCCUCUAAGCAAAUUUGUUUAGAAUUGGUACAUUUGAAUUAAUCAAUUUAUCUCUAGCAGGCUCAUGCCCCAACUCAGAUUAGAUUUUUUCCUCCUUAUUAUACAACCUCAAAUGUAAUGCUCAUCUAACUUUGUCUUUAAAAAUAUUUCUUAAAACUAAUUUUCAUUUCAUUUGUAUAUAUUGUUAGUUGUAUAGAAUAUGAGUUUUGUUUUGAGAGGGAGUCUUAUAUUCAGUUUUAGUGGGCAGUCAGAUUACCCAUGACAUUAGUGUAAGGAUCAGAAUUUAUUGCUCUUUCAGAGUAAACUUGAAUGAAAUAAUUUAUUUUUCAUAACAGGGAUAAAGAGGCUAAAAGUUUUGAUGCUGCAAUGAUGUACAUCAAAGGUGUCAAAUAUGGCGGCCUGCAACACUCAGAGUUUGACCAGAUACCUGAAGAAAAUAUGAGUAUAGGAUCAAACCUGUGGAAGAGGUCAAAUACAUGAAAAAUGGGGGAGAAGAUGAACAGAAAAUAGCAGCCAGGAACCAAGAAAACUUGGAAAAAAGUGCCAGUUCAAAUGUAAGACUUAAGCCUACUAAAGAAGUUCCAGGAUUGGUACAUCAACCUAGAGCAAACAUGCACAUCUCUGAAAGCCAACAAGAAUUCUUCAGAAUGCUGGAUGAAAAAAUUGAAAAGGUUCAGCUUUUUAUCAGCACUUGUAAUGGGGAGCAUAUUAGAUACUCAACAGACACUUUUGCUGGUCUUUGCCACCAGUUAACAAAUACUCUCGUGGAAAGAAAACAGCCCCUGCGAGGAAUUGGUACCCUCAGACGAGCCAUAGACAAGAUGCAGAGGAAUACAAACCAACUGACCUCAGUCCAUGCAGACCUCUGCCAGCUUUGUUUAUUGGCAAAGUGCUUUAAGCCUGCCCUCCUCUAUCUGGAUGUGGAUAUGACGGACAUGUGUAAGGAGAAUGGGGCUUCUGAUGCAAAGCACUUCUUAUGUUACUACUACUAUGGUGGAAUGAUCUACACAGGGCUAAAGAACUUUGAGAGAGCUCUCUACUUUUAUGAGCAAGCCCUGACUACUCCUGCCAUGGCACUCAGUCACAUUAUGCUGGAAUCCUAUAAGAAGUACAUUCUAGUUUCUUUGAUAUUACUGGGCAGAGUUCAGCAGCUGCCAAAACACACUUCUCAGAUUGUUGGUCAAUUCAUUAAGCCCCUUAGCAAUGCUUACCAUGAACUAGCACAAGUUUAUUCAACCAAUAAUCCAUCAGAACUCCGAACUCUGGUAAACAAGCAUAGCAAAACUUUCACUAGAGAUAACAAUAUGGGGCUGGUUAAGCAGUGUUUUUCCUCUAUUUAUAAGAAGAACAUUCAGAGGCUGACAAAGACAUGUUUAACGUUGUCAUUACAAGACUUGGCAAGUCGUGUACAGUUGUUAGGACCACAGGAGGCUGAAAAAUAUGUCCUUCACAUGAUAGAAGAUGGUGAAAUUUUUGCAAGUAUUAAUCAAAAGGAUGGUGUGGUCCAUUUCCAUGAUAAUCCUGAAAAAUAUAACAAUCCAGCUAUGCUUCAUAACAUUGAUCAGGAGGUGCAGAAAUGUAUAGAGCUUGAUGAGCGGCUCAAAGCCAUGGAUCAAGAAAUCACAAUGAAUCCUCAGUUUGUGCAAAAGAGUACAGGCUCCCAAGAAGAUGAUUCAGAAAGCGAGCCAUCCAGUUAUUCUUGAAAGUAACAUUUUCUGCGCUUUAAACUGAAAGAACCACCACCUUGGCCAAUGGCAAAUAGGAGAAUGGCAGGGAGGACUGAAUCUGUUUUAUCUGGACAUUAAGAAAUUAAAUUUUGUUUUGACAUCUUCAGUCCUAUAUGCUUUCAAACUUUUCUGCAAAGGAAGGAAAACAUCUCAAACUUAAAAAAAAAAGAAAGUAAUAUGAAGUAAUGUUCAAAAGGUAACAUGUUACCAUGUUAUAGUGAGCAACAACUGCCAGGCAAAGGAGUUUAAAAUGUAUACCUUGGACAGUAGAGAACUACUGCAAUUUUUCAAGCAAAGGAAUGACAUGAAAAGACUCAUGCAAAUAACUGAAUAACCUACUUCAGAAGAAAAGUUAGGGACCAUUUUUUCCAUUUCUGUCGAGGACAUGGCCAAUGAGAAAAUUCCUUGGACUUCAUUUCCUACGAUGCUUACAAGGGUCGUGAUUACUGUUCAGAAGAAGAAGAUAUCACAUAGUGCCAAUUCUACUAGUCAAAACAGGAAUUACUACUGUGUAAAUAGAUUACAACCCAUUUGAGAUCUUUGGGAAGGUCGUCUACAACACACACACACAAAAACAGCACUACAUAAUAAAAGAAGAUCGUCUCCAUAUUGUAUGCCCCAUUCACUUACAAUGUUUCUUAAUGAACUUGCAAAGGAAUAUUGCUAAGAACUGUUCUAGAACUUUGUUGCUGCUAGUUAAAACUUGUUGCAAAUUUUCACUCCUCUUGUGUCCAGGUAUGCAGCAAAAUUCUUAAAAUUCCACCUUACAGACACAGUUGUUCUUACAAAUGCUGCCCAGCUGAUUUUUUAUCAGAUGAAAUAGUGAUGAACUCAGAUACCAAACUUCCAUUUCUAGAACGUUCCAACACCUUUUCCCCUCCCCUCCCCUCUUUAAGCUGUUUGUCAGUCCAGAGAUGGACCAGAAUAUUGCUUCUUACUGGCGAUUUUGAGCUUGGGAGAUGGGGAUGGUUGCUAUGGCAAGCCUUGUUUCUCCGCUAAGAAGAAAUAGAGAAGCUACUAUCUAUUAAAAGCAUGUUGUCCCAUGAAUACUGGAAGUGAUGCGGGAGCAGCAGUUUGCCUCACUUACUAGGUAUCUAAUCAAGGACUAAGCUUGCAGUUUUGGCUUUGCUCAGACGCAAAUGGAAGUGUGAUCACAAUCAUUUCGAAUCCCUUUUUUUUUUCUAAGGAAAUAAAUAUUUUACUGUUUUUAUGUAUCCUUGUCUUCUACCAUUCAUCUAGCCCAGUUUUUGGUUUUGUUUUUUUGUUUUUUACAAAUAUCUCGCGGAUAGACAAGUUAAGCACUUUUGUUAUAAUACUGAUGUUAGGCUAAACUGCCUCACUGCCCUUCCCAUUUAUCCUUUCCCAGGUAUUCCCAGGGAAAAUGAGAGGAGGCAUAUAUCCCCCUUCUUUUUAGCAGAGCACCAAACCAUCACACUAACUUUAUUUUUUUGCCACUAAACAAAGCAUCCCACUUCCUUAUUUCUCCCUUUACAACAGGUACAAGAACCUUUCUCCUCCUUAUUUUUCUCUCUUCAAGGACUAGGUAGCAUAUCUACAAGGUUUUGACCUUCUGGAAAAAAAUACUCAAGUUAUACUGAUCGUUGGCUGUUGGAGAUGUCAACAGCCAGAAGCACCUGGGCAGCGAUGGGGAAUGUUGAUUGUGUGUUCUGUAGAGUUUAUUUUUCCAUAUUAUACAGAGAGGAUGAUCUCUUCUCAAAGACAGAGGUAAUAUUUUUAACAAAUAUUGUCAUGAGUAAAUAAUAACCAUAAGGGGAAAAAAUCUUUUGUAUUUUUUUAAAUGAGUUUGAUAGCUUUGAUGAGGGCUCUCUUUAUUACUUUCAAGGAGAAAGGCUACCAUAGUGAAUGCCAUGCUAUGCUGGCAAUGAAGUUUUGGGGCUUUGUCCACAUAGUCCACGUGACGUAAGUUCAAUCACAUAGAUUAUUCCAUCUUCCCUGGUCUUGGAUUGUGAACUUGAAGGGGGCACUUAUGGAUCCAUUAACACUGCCACCCUGUGAUAUUAGUGGUACAGAUGUUCAAGAGAAUAAAAAAGAUUUCCUGUCAGGGAAGAGAACAGAGCUCUAAAUGUGUUCUUGGGGAAAGAUAAGAUAGGACUUUAAGGUAGACCAUACAUAAUUGAUGACAGCCAUUCAUUCAUUCAUAUGCCAAUUGCAUUUCUUUUCCUUGGUAUGGGAUGAGGGGAAAUGGAGGAUAGAGGAACUUUAGUCAAAUGAAUCAAGAAAAUGGACUUAAACAUUAUCAACAGCAACAACAAAAAAAAAAGCCCUUAAUUCUUCCAAGCCAGCACAGCAGAUAUUUUGGGGAGCAGUUGUGACUGUUAUGUAAAUAGGGAGAAAGCCAAAUUAUAACUUUUUAUUCUUAUCCAAACAGGAAAAUGUCAGUUCAAGUCUCCAAGGCUUUGGGCAUUAUUUCACCCCCUUCAUCCUCCAUAUCUUCACCAAUGAUUUUGGUCAAGGGAUUUAAAUAAUUUUCCUCAAGUGAACUGGAGGUUAAUUACAGUCUACAUACCUAAUUCCAUCCCUCCAGAAAUCUCUUGCUUUGGAUUCUAGGGAUUUGAUAUGACAGUGGCAUUUUCCAUGGCUCCUUCAUUGAUAUUAAUCUGAAAAAGGAAAAAAAAAUCUGGGUUUCAAUCUCAACACUAUCCUUGGGAAGUCAACCUCUCUGGGCCUCAGUGUCCUUCUGUGUAAAAUGAGGGGAUUGGACUAGAUGACCUUCAGGAUCUCUGCCAGAUCUAAAUCUCUGAACCCAUAAUUGAGUUGGUUUAAGCCAAGUCUUCCAUGUCACUUCUAAACUUGAAAUCUCGAUGUCUUCCCUAACAAAAUCAUCACCUCUUCCCCAAAGACAAGAUAUUCCCACUUCUGUUUUCGUAAAGCAUUUUUAAAAACAUUCUGAUAUAUUGCACAUCUCUAAGGAGUAUUAUUAUUCAAGAGCCCAGUCUUUGCGCAUUUGAAUGAAAGCAGUGGGGUCCCCUACAUGGACCCAGUAGCUUCCCACUUGGGGUACUCUCUGUUGCCACACUUAACAUUGAGCCCAAAUCUGACGUGCACAAGUGAUUUCAUCUGUAGUCACAUUUGGUAGAUCUAGAAAUAGAUCUGGGAAAUGGGGUGGUUGAGCUGGUUGGCACGAAAUGCCUGAUUGUGUGAACAACACUCAAAACUGUCUGUUUUCCAUUUGUUGGUUCUAAUCAUAAAAUUGUCAAAUGACUUUGUGGUCGUACUUCAAUUUUUCAAAGCCUUUUGAAGGGAUCUAAAACAAAAAUAUUUUGACUCUUCCUCCUGUGCAGCCUACGAUUAGGCAGACAGUGUUUCUGAUGCAAGGAAAAGAAUAAUCUGAUUUAUAGGAGGGUGCAGCUCUGGUGACUGAUAAACAGCAGCCCUCCCCCAAGGGAAGAGAGGGAGGGAGGGAAGAAGGGAGGAGGCCCAUUAGGUGGAGGUUAGAGAAGGGUGGGAAAUGAGCCCAAGUACUAAUCUACAGGGAUACCUCAAUAGGAUAUUUGCUAUGCAGAGUACCAUUCAAAGUACAGCUCCUGGGCUGCCAAUAGGCGUGGUGCAGCUGUCAACUAGAUUUAAGGUGGUUUUAUACAUGCCUCCUGGUGCUUGGAGUGGGGGUGUUCUAAAAGAUCAGGAGCAUAGAGAGGUAGCCUUCUUUUCAUUGGCAGGGAAUCAGAAUCAUCCAGGACUGUGGUCAUAAUAGAAUCCAUAUGUGCUUAUGACUGGUGGAGACCUCUAAAGAGAAUUUUGCAUCAGUGAUUUUACUUAGACCCAGACUAUGAACAAGUGUAGACUGUUAGGGAUUUUUUUUUCAAAAUAUGAGAGGUUCUGAAGUCCAAGGAAAAGAAACGAGAUCUACAAAAACUUAACAAUCAACCUGUAAAAGAAAAUAGCUUUUCUAUAAUGCAGCAUAGCUAAAGAUAGGAGAUUGGGUUUGUAGUCUCUAAAUAACCAGUGACCUCAUUCAGUUCAAUUCAUUAAGAACUUAUUAAGCACCUCCAUGAUGUGUAAGGCAUUGUUCCAUUGAACAAUUCUUUCAUUGAAGACAAAAUGAAAAAUUGGCCUCCUGGUCCCUACCUAGAUCAGUCAUUCUUUCCUCUGUACCAGAAACCUAAAGCUUUAUUCAAAGGAGCAAUUGCAAUUGCAAGUUCCACCUGCAAAGUCAUGAAAAGAGGUAGAAGUCUUAACUGUGUUGGGAGGAUGGGCAACUUACCAUAUCAGAAAUGACUACCAAUAUGGCGGGGCAGUAGGCAGUGGCAAGCAAAGGAGCCUACUUUAGGAAGGCAUUUUUGCUACCAUCCCAUUUCAGAGAUGAUCUAAUGCCCCACCCACCCAAUUAAUCCAUUUUCCUCAAUGUCAGGCCUUCCAUGCUGUCUAUAGGAAUAUGAUGUCUAUAGGAAAGGAGGGUGAUUUUGCCAAUGACCUUACAUGAUUGUUAUUUGUUUUACAAAUAACAUGAGUUGUCAUACUGAUAGAAGUCCCGUGAUAAGAAUGGCAGAAAAUGUGCUUAAAAGAUUGUUCAAGAAGUAAAUAAUAGGUGGUGUAUGUUAUAAAGUGGGAGGAGCCCCAGAUGGGCAGCCAAGCAGACCUGGGAUAUCUGCCAUUUACCACCUGGGUGAACUUGGACCGGUCACCUCUCUGUGUCCCAGUUUCCACUCCCAUUCUAAGGGGGAUUGGACCAGAUGACCUCUAAGGUCCCUUCCACUCAUUCUGUAACUAUAAAAAGACAACUACAAUGGACAAUUUUUGCUUAUUUGGAAAUGGUUGCAACUUAGAUUCCAACCACAUACCUCCUCUACUCCAUCAUUAUGAAAAAAAGGGCUUAAAUAUAAUUGUUUUGUAGAGAAAAGAAAUGUCAAAGGAAAAACACUAACUCAUAAUAAUGCCUGUCUUUUGAUAUUUUUCUUCCACAGAGGGAAAAUAAUUGGUAUCUGUAAAAAAAUAAAAAUAAAAGAAUUAGUCAACACUGUUAUUAGUUACUAGUUUACACAAAUGUGCCAUCCAUAUUUUUGGAUCAAAAGACAUUUUCACAGUAUCUAUUUAUAUUCUCAGACAUCAGGCUUUUCGUUAAGCUGUCUAAAACCUCAAUAGAAAAGUGAGACCUGGUCUGGGAAGAGCUUCUAUAUGGUUAAGGGCUGAACUGAAAGGUAAUUUGACAUUGACAGUUCUGGUUUCUUGAUGUCAUGUGAGUAGAUGACUGGACCCCAGUGCUACUGUGUUAAAACUUGUGUGAAACAGUUGGCUUUCACAUUGCAAACGUCUCUGCAAUAAACCUUUUGGAAUUUCAUGAA